AGUUCUGUAGACCAGGCUGACCUCGAACUCGUAGAGAUCUACCUAUCUGCCUGGGAUUAAAGAUAUGUGUAUGGGUGAUGGGGAACUAAACUCUGGUUUUCAUGCUUUCAAUGACAAGAACUUUAUUGCUUGAACCGUUUCAUCAGCCCAUUUUUCUUCUUCUCAGGUGUUGUUACACAUAGACUAUCUGACCUUGGGCUGUGCUGUCCUCCUGGGAGUAUAAGCCGUUACCCUCAGCUUUUACCCCUUUCCUCCUUUCCUACUUUUGGGUAGCUAAUACAGUUAAAGCGUGUUGUAUGUUGCUAGGCUCAUUGGGCUUGUUUGUACACGUUUCUUGUCUAGCACUCAGGAGAAUCGUGAGUUGGAGGCUGGCCUAGGCUACAUUGGGAGUUUGAACUGCAUAGGGAGACCUUGUCUCAAAUCAAUAACAAACAGCUAAAAAAAAAGCGAGAAUUUAGUAUUUGCUUCUUGGUUCAACAAGGUCACUUUGGGGGCUGGACUGUAGAUCAGGAGUACAGUGUCUAACAGUCGUAAGGCCGUGUGCAGCAGGAGGCCUCUUUGUAGCAUUUCUGUGUACUGCAGCUGAGACAUUUGUGUACGAUGGUAAUUGUUUUAUAGAACUGGCCCUACUUCCUCAACAUACAUACAUACAUACACACAAAAAUACAUAUGUGUGUACAUAUGUGUGUCUGUAUGUAUGUAUUGUGCGUAUGACUUUGUGAGUUGAUUCCCUCCUUCCACCACAUGGGUUUCCGGGAUCAAAUUCAGGCCACCAGCCUUCACCAUAUGAACUCUCUUGCCAGCCUUUGACUGGAUCAAAUAUGUUCACGUUUGGUUUCGUUUACUUGUUUCUUUUGUUUUGAGGUGCUAAGGAUUAAACACUUGCUGUAGCACUGAGCUACACCACGAGUCUUUUAUGCAUGCUUCUAGUAAUUCCUCUAUCUGGACAAAUAUAUCAGGAGCAAAUAAGCCUGUUUUGUUUUUGUGACUGUCAUCUGCUUUAAACUAGGAUUAAGCAUGAAAACUACUGGCCAGAUGGUUUCUUUUCAUAGUCCAAGUUGUGUGACUAAGAUAAACAGAAAAUCUUGCUUUAAUAAAAAUAAGAUUUUGUUUGUGCACUCCCAUCUAAGACAUAAUUAUGCUGUUUCUCACUGUUAAUUUUUACGUAUGAUAAAACAGACCAGUGUAUUUAUAUACAUUGCAGGUAGAAUAAUAAGGCAUAUUUUUAUCUGGUUUUUAUAUCUACUAUUCAAUAAAAAUUUCUCCAAGAAUGACAAAUGAUGCAGGGGAUGCUGUACACUGCAAUGAAGAGGAAGCUUAGCUUUACUGCAGUCUGAGCUGGUGUAACCUAACUAGCUAGAGGAUAUGCAAUUCCUGAUUGACAGCAGGACCAGCAGUGUGCAGAUUUGGUUAGGGAGAACACCCAGCUAGAAACAGUGCUGAGAGCUCUGUCAGGAAAACUACAUUCACCCCGUGUCUCCUAGUUUUCGGUCUACUAGAUCUGUAAACAAACAGCAAAAACAGUUCCUCUUUUGUCUUAUUAAAGUGGAGGUGCAGGGCUGUUUCAGCCUGUCAGCCAGGCAUACAUGUGUGGAAAUUUGAUAUUCUCACUAAAUUAGCCAAUUUCAAGCUGUGUUCCGUGCUUAUCUCUAGACCUUUGUGCAUUAAAUCCUGUCUGGAGCCGCUCUCUCCACACACAAGUGUUUUGCUUGUGCUUCCCUGCCUUCUGUGAGAAGCUUUAUGUAGGUCAGGCUUGGCUUAAGCAGCUUUCCCAAACCUGCGUCAGCUUAAGCUGGAGGAAUUUUAAUAAGCCCUCCCCUGUAGGCGUGGGCCUAAAUGGGGCUAGCCUAGUUAAGCCUGAUCUUUCUGUUUGUGAAAAGAGCUGAGCAGAGCUGAAGACUGCAUGGUGGAUUCAGAAGCUGCCUACUUAAUUUCAAAAGAACAAUGGUAGGGAAGGCUCGAUCUUCCAAUUUUACCCUAUCUGAAAAGCUUGAUCUGCUAAGCCUCGUGAAGCCAUACGUGAAAAUUCUCGAAGAGCAUACUAAUAAAAAUUCAGUAAUAGUGGAGAAGAAUAGAUGUUGGGAUGUCAUAGCAGUUAACUAUAAUGCAAUUGGAGUAGACCGCCCUCCUCGCACAGCGCAGGGCCUUCGCAGCCUUUACAAAAGGCUCAAAGAAUAUGCCAAACAGGAGCUAUUGCAGCAGAAGGAGGCCCAAUCAGAUUUUAAAAGCAAUAUUUCCGAGCCAACCAAGAAAGUUAUGGAGAUGAUUCCCCAGAUUUCCAGCUUCUGCCUGAUAAGAGACAGGAGCCACACACAAAGUGCAAGCUUGGAUGAGGCUGCGCAGGCUGGUACCAGUUCACUACAGGUGAUGGUGGAUCACCAUCCUGUUGCUAUUACGGUAGAGGUGAAGCAAGAAGAAGACAUUAAAUCAUCCCCUCCACUGCUUCCAAAUCCUCAACACAGUGAUGCUUUAGAGCAAAGAGAAGAGCAUGAAUUAGUACAUGUUCUGGAAGAACCCUUGUCUCCAUCACUUUCCUCUGUUGAUAUGAGAAUGACAUCAUCUCCAUCUUCUGUUCCAAGGAGAGAUGAUCUUUUCCAUCGUGAGAGUGGAGAACACAUUAGGUCUCUGCUAAGAUAUGACCCUCAGGUCCUGCAAAUGUUAAAAGAGGAACACCAGAUAAUCUUAGAAAAUCAAAAGAAUUUCGGAUUGUAUGUUCAGGAAAAGAGGGAUGGAUUGAGAAGAAGGCAGCAGCUAGAGGAGGAGCUGCUCAGAGCAAAGAUUGAAGUGGAGAAACUGAAAGCCUUUCGCUUACGGCAUAAUCUGCCCGAAUGUAGUAGUCUCUAAGAGUUUUCAGUUUGAUAGUUUUAAUUUUGUCAGAAUUAAUAUAAUGAAGCUGAGCACAUGUCCUAUAAAAAUGUUGUUAAUCUCUUAGGAAAAAGCUUUUACCGUGGUUUUCUUUUCCUCCCUAACCCUACUUUUUCCUACAGUUUUCUAAGUAUUUAAUUUUCUCUUUAGAUACUAAAAUUUACUAAUUGAUUGACAUAAUCCAGUUCAAUAUUCUCCCUAAUUUUUCCUAAGACAUUUAGCUGUUGACUUUAUGAUCUUUUAUUUUGAUUAUUAGAGAAAUAAUACAGAUAGAGUUGCAUCUGGUGCAUAAGCCUGUGACCGCAGCACUGGAGAGGGAGAGGCAGGUAGAAGGUCAAGGCCGUCCCAAUUUCAGGGUCAGCCUGUGCUGUAUGAAAUCCUGUGUCAAACAAAACAGAAUGCUCACAAUUGUGUAAGUGCGUAAAUUGUAUUUCAAAGUUCUGAAUCUUCAACAGUUUUAGCUACAACUUUGAAAGUUAGAGUUAAAACACACACACACACACACACACACACACAGAGAGAGAGAGAGAGAGAGAGAGAGAGAGAGAGAGAAUGAAUGUGUGUGUGUUGGUGUUGGAAUAAGUACCUAAUGGUAAGCACACACCUUUAUCGCUGAGCUAUAUCCUUUUCCUUUGGAGAUGAGAUCUCACUCUGUAGCCCAGGCUAUCCUGGAGUACAAGCUCCUUUUGCCUCGGCCUUCUGAAUACUGAGAUUAUAGUUGUGUGCUAUUCUAAGGGUAACAGAAAAGGAGAAUGCAUGACAUUGGUUUUGUCUUUAUCUUUUGAAAGAGUGGUGUUAGCUUUAGAGACUGGAGAUAUUUGGAGAACACUGGUUAGAGGUCAGGGAGGACGCCAUAAUUUAUUUCGGGUAGCACAGCUCCUUAUGUCAGAGGAAGCAUCAAUACGUAGUUCUUUUUUUUUUUGGUGGUUGUUUUUUUUUGAGGAAGCAGGGAGUAAUAGUGGUAGUAAUUUUUAUUCCUUAUUUAUUCUAUAGAAGCAAAAACACCCGAGAAUUUAUUUAAUUAAUUAGGAGAAUUUAUUUAAUUAGAAUCACCUUUUGGGUUGGGGAUGUAGCUCAAGGGUAGAGCAUUUUCCUGGUGUGUUUGAGGCCCCGUCUCCAGGUAACCAAGAGAACUCACUACUACACGUUGUUGGGUCAUGAAGUCUUGGGAGCUGUGUCUCUACCCUGCCCUUCCUCUCAGCUUUUGUCCUGUGAAAAGAGAUUGUAUCUUUUUAUUGAAAAUAUUACAUAUUUGAUCAUGUGAUUAAAAUGACCUUAUUUCAGUGUUUUUCCGGAAACUGUUUCCUUUCCAUUAAAAUUAGAAUUAAACAAAAUGAAAACUACUUAGAAUGACAAUAGCAAAAAUCAUGUUUACAUAGCAUUUAACUUGUAGAUUUUUGUAAGUAUGGUUUUUAAAUAUUGUUGUAUAUUCAUGAAAAUAAAAUCUUGAUUUUUAUAAAUCUUACAUAUUGAAUUUAUGGUAAAUAUUUAAUGUGUGUCCUUUUUUCUGGGAUUUUGAUGAGAAAAGACUUUAAAAAGCCAGACUUUGAGAUGGAGCGGUUAGAGUUUCAGAAAUAGUGGGGAUAAAGGGUACUUGAUGUCAGAAUGAGCUCUUGCAAAAACACUUACAGAAUGGGAUGGAGUGGGUCAGUGUCCAAGCACAAAUGCUGUCUAAGCCAGGCAGUUUUAAGUGAGGAUAGGUAGGAAGUUUUGGCUUUUGAUAACUCGAAUGACCUGGAACACACUAGGUAGACCAGGUUGGCCUCAGUCUCAGAGAGAUCAUCCACCUCUGGGUGCUGGAUAAGGGGUGCCUGGUGGACGUCUUUCUUGACUACAUUGGAUAGCUUCUAUUUGGUUCAAGUUAAAAUUUAACAUGCAGAAAUAUGUCAGGAAUCUGUAUUUCGUGUGAAAAUUUCUAGUAUUUAAAUGUUUGCAAGUCAUUCAAAAUGCUUUUUAAAACAGUUUAGGCAUGCCAGCUCCCAGCUCCAGUAAAAGGCCCAGGUGAGGAUUGUGGCUGCUGAGUCACGGCUCUGCUGAUGUAAUCAAGACUUCGGGUCCAUCCACAGCUCCGCAGCAAACACUAGUGUCAGUCCUGAACUAGCCUCUGUUAGUUUCUUAGAAGUGUAAAUCCGUCCAGCUAAUCAGAAACUAGGGUGGGAUUCAGCCCUCUGUGAAUAAUGUCCUCUGGGUAUUCUGAUGCUAAAGGGUGAGAGUUAACUUGGUGCUUAAAUCAUGACGCUUCCCACUGGAGUGUAAUUUGGAUAAAAUGUCAGUUGUUACCAAAAUUCUGGAUUCCAUAAAAUGCUGUUUUUAAGGAGUCAGAUUGAAGGCGUUUUGAUUAGAGAGAUGACAUGAUUAGGGAUGUGAGUUGGGAAGAACACUAUCAAAUGUAGCCAUACAAGUAACGGUCUAGAAAUGAGUGUGUAAGUGAACUCUUGGGGCACUAGGCUCCGUGUUCAAGGUCAUGUGUAUUCUCUGGCGGUUCGCCUUUUUAAUCUGUGCUGGUUUUCAUUUGAAAUGUAGUGAAUCUUCUAAUUUGAGGUAGUAUGUUUUGUAAUACAAUUUUAGUAAAUGUGCGCAUAGUAGAAACCUUUCUGAAAUUAUUAAAAGUAAGUUAUAUGGAGUAUGAUUCUCAUUUCAGUGUGCUGCCAUGGGGUGUGGUGAACAUCCAGUCUGAGUAUUGAUUUUGUACAGCAAUCCCAUUUACAAGUGUCUUUGUGGGAAACUAAUUCUGUGAAAUGUUUCUAGAAAGUAAUUCAGUGUUUAAAGAAAGUACAUCUUUUUUAAUGGUUUAGUUCUAUAAUCAGUGUGGAAAUAAAAAAAAUAGAUGUCUUUGAAAAUUCCUUUGUUGUACAUAAAAUAGUAUUGUAAUCACGUUUUUCUCUGGCAUUGUUCAAAUUUGCUGUUUCUUUGUGUCAAGUGACCCAAUUUGUUAGCAGUUAAGGGCUGUAAAGAACAAUAAACUUUUUUUUGUAUUUUAAGUUCAGAA